AUGGAAUCGCGUGUCCCUGAGACCAAGCGCAACCCAGCCAUCAUAGCUGAGGGACGUGGAAAGAUUCCCUUGGAUACCUCCAAGACCCAAGGUCACAGAAGCAACCACCCAGAGAAGAUAGGAGGCGCUAAUGGCACAGUUGACCGAGUCUUCAAGCGAAUGCAUAAAGGGAAGUUUACGGGAGCUAUUUUUAUCCACGCCGGGGCCGGGUUCCACAGUCACCAAAAUGAGCGAGUCCAUCUGGAGGCUUGCAGCGAUGCUGCUGCCAUGGGAAUGAAAUUCCUGAAAUCAGGUGCCACUGCGACGGAAGCUGUUGAAGCUGCUCUGCGUGUCCUUGAAGACAAAGAAAUCACCAAUGCCGGUUACGGCUCUAAUUUGUCAAUGGAUGGGACUGUGGAAUGUGAUGCAACUAUUGUCGACCAUUUCGGAAGAAGCGGUGCCUGCGGAGCAGUUCCGAACAUCAGAAAUCCAAUCUGUCUCGCAAAGCUGAUUUUGGACAAAAGCAACCAGCCGUUGUCCUUACGCCGAGUACCACCCAAUAUUCUGGUGGGGGAAGGCGCCAAAACAUUCUCUGUGGAAAAUGGGAUGCAAAUCGUACCAAAUGACUAUCUGAUUUCCAAGAACGCGCGAGAUCGAUUCCUGCGGUGGCAGGAAGACCUGAAACGAGCGGAGGACAAGGUCAAGCAAGCCGGCACCCGCAAAACACUUGAGGAAUCAGCCGAUCACUGUCAGCAAUACGACAACAUGCCGGCAACGGUUCCAUCCCGGAUCUACCAGAGUCAACAGAGGGACCAUGCCAAUGCUAUUCUCAAUGGAACAUGGAACGAGGGCCAGCCAGACUCACCUCACCGAGGUUCACCGGUGCCCGAACAGAUGCAGGGCUAUCCUCGGAUAACACCUCCAAGAGCAACGAUGGAAAGGUCGCCAUUGAGCCAUGUGGGAGCUUCCAUGGCCUCCGUUAAUAGAUCUCGGCCUCAUAUACUGCAAGAGAGAGACCCUUUAAUGGCCUCUUCCAGCCACCUGGCGGAGGAGGGAAAUCGUGACGGCACCAUGUCGUCUCAGUGGACAGACGGGGCUAGACAUGCCAGCACGAUUGCACAGUUGCAGGGUUGCAGUUCUCGAGGACUUAAGCGGCCGUUUUCUGCGACCGAAUUGGAGCACGAGGAUGUCAUCACUGACACUGUUGGAGCCAUAGCUAUUGACGAAAGAGGGCAUAUUGCGGCAGGCUCAUCCUCCGGAGGCAUCGGAAUGAAACAUCGUGGACGUAUAGGUCCCGCUGCUCUGGUGGGCAUCGGUACGGCUGUUGUUCCCUGUGACCCUGAAGACCCAGACAAAGUCAGCGUUGCCGCGGUGACCAGCGGUACGGGAGAGCACAUGGCCACCACCAUGGCGUCUCAACGGUGCGCUGAAAGGAUCUAUGGCAGCACCCGUCGUGGACCGAACGGUAGAGACAUUGAAGAGUGGGACGAAGACGCCAUCAUGGAAUCCUUCAUCACGAACGACUUCAUGGGGCACCCCGGCGUCAGAAACUGCAACUCGGUUGGGGCGAUUGGUGUCAUGACGGUCAAGAAGACGCGGACAGGGUACUAUUUAUACUUUGCCCACAACACUGACUCCUUUGCACUCGCCUCGAUGGGUGGCUCCGAUCGAGAGCCCGUGUGCGUCAUGUCUCGCCUAGGGGAAUCGGCGCUUGUCACAAGGGGCGCUCGAAAAAUUCGGGUUGAUCUUGGUAUGUGA